AUGCCCCUAGGUCUCCUGUGGCUGGGCCUCAGCCUGCUGGGGGCCCUGCACACCCAAGCCCAGGAUUCCACCCCCAACCUGAUCCCAGCCCCACCUCUGUUCAGGGUCCCGCUGCAGCCCAACUUCCAGCCUGACCAGUUCCAGGGGAAGUGGUACAUCAUAGGCUUGGCAGGGAAUGCAUUUAAGAAGGAAAAACAAGGCCAGUUUAAGAUGUACGCCACCACCUACGAGCUGAAAGAAGACCGCAGCUACAAUGUCACCUCCACCCUGCUCAGGGACGAGCGCUGUGACCACUGGAUCAGAACUUUUGUCCCAAGUUCCCAACCCGGCCAGUUCACCCUGGGCAAUAUUAAGGGCUUCCCCGGGGUGCAGAGCUAUACCGUGCAAGUGGCGACUACCAACUACAACCAGUUUGCCAUAGUGUACUUCAAGAAGGUGUACAAGAACCAGGAGUAUUUCAAGACCACCCUCUACGGGAGGACCAAGGAGCUGAGCCCUGAACUGGAGGAGCGCUUCAUCCGCUUUGCCAGAUCCCUGGGCCUCACCGAUGACUACAUCCUCUUCCCUGUUCCAAUCGACCAGUGCAUCGAUGACCAGUGA